GCGAAAAUAGCUUCAAUCUUCUCAAACAUUUCAUCAAAAUGAACGAGAGCAGAUCCAUUCAAAAGAAACAAAGAUCAGCCAAUGGACUGUCUAACUGGUUCCGAUUGAUGCUAGCAAUAACAUUAGCCAUCUUGGCAUUGGAUAAUUACAGAAGGUUUGGAAUUAUAAUGAAUCCCUUUGAGAUAGUAAAGUUGGUUACCGUAACGAUCUUUAACCAUUCAUGGCUGUAUGGAAUAAUAUUUCUUUGUAUUUUACAACAAAUGGCUCAAACUUUCUUCAUAGAGAAGUUAUUAUCUUGGAAUCGUUUAUCAGAACGACAAGGAAUGACUCUACACGCCAUCAACGCUUUCUUUGUUGCGGUUACCUUUGUCGUUACGGUUAGAUUUAAUCAAGCAAGUUUCGGCGUUAUUAGGACAGUUUCAUCGACUUUGGUACAGUGUAGCAUCAUAAAGACGUGGUCAUAUGCAUACGUAAACAAGGAGUUAAGAAAACAAUCAAUAAAAAGAGAUGAUAAAGGUACGUCACAAUAUCCGAGGAACGUUACACUUAAAAAUUUGUGUGAAUACAUGUUGUGCACUCCACAUGUACAGUAUAAGUUAUCCUACCCAGACCGCCAGUACCCUACCUUCAGAGAAUGUAUGAGACAACUAUUCUUGGCUUUUAGCGUAAUCUGCGGUAUGACGUUCCUGGCAAAGCAGUUUAUUUUUCCAGAACUGAAACUGUUAAAACAUAACCAUUUCAAUGGUACUGAAAAAGUGCAACGUUUUUUUACCGUUAUGGUGUUCUUACAUCUAUUCUGGAUUUUGGGGUAUUUCUUAUUCUAUAGAAUCAUCCAUCCCACUUACGCCAUUCUAACCGGAAUGCCGCAUGUAGUAUUUGAGGAGGAUUGGUGGAACUCACCUAACAUGGACGAAUUUUGGAGACUAUGGAAUCGCCUAAUUUACGACGCCCUUAAACUGACAGUUAUGAUCCCAUUAUUGCGGAAAGGUUUCGGUAAGCGAACCGCUAAAACAAUUUCAUUUCUGAUUGCCGGUCUUCUUCACGAAAUUAACACCUUACCUUUGGGAAUCUACUCUGGAGCAGGCAUAUUGGUUACACUUUUUGAAAUACCUGUCGGAUAUGUUUCCACAUAUGUCACGCGAAGAUUUGGCGACGAGGUCGGCAACACGUUAAUAUGGGUCUACUUCAAUAUUAACCACACCGUAUCAUUCGUCUUCGCAUAUAUCACUUACGACUUAUUUGAAGCUUAGAUAACAGUUGUACCUUUUAGGUAAAUUAGUACGCGAUACACCUAAGGAUACCAGAAGAACAACUUGUUCAAUGAGUAACGCCUAGUAUAGGUUUAUAUCUUCAUGUCUCCAUGACCGUUGUCAAUCUUAUUAUAAAAUUAACAAAUGUCUGUAGUU